AUGCAAUCUGCGGACAAGCCGACUCGAUCAGAAAUUGACUUGGCCUUGCCUGGAGAGAAAACUCAAGAUGAAAUCAAGAUCGAAAAGAGUGGAGAUAUUGAUUCUCUUCAACGGUAUCGGUGGAACAUGGUUAGAAAAGCGCCAUCCUAUGUUGGUAGAGCGAUUGAGCUUCUCCGGAUAGAACAAGACCUCCGAAAUACUGUCCAGGAAGAGCAAUGCCUCGCCAAGAAGCCUGAGGCCACAGGCAGCUGGCCACUCUAUAGGAAUGAUGUACAGGCCGUGCUUCAGGCUUUGAAGAAGAGAUAUUGGUUGCUGGAACUCCAGUGGUGGAAAGUCCGAAACUCAUUCGUGGAGGGGCCACUGAUAAGAGCAUUUGAUCUGUGGCGAUCACAUCCUCUCUGGUAUAUGCACCGAGUUUUGUUCGAGGAUUGCGUGAGGAAGGGGGGAUGCUGUAGCCGUGGCUGUGGAUGUUGCGCUGAUCGCAAGAUUGAUAAAACACGACAGCUUGGAGCUGGACAUUGUAUGGUGGAAUGUGGAUGUUGUCACCAGGCUCGGGGGUUUGAGCUUACCAAAAAAGAAAAGGAGGAAUUCCUUAGGGAUUUCCAUAUCGUGGAUGACAAUAGCUUUUACCGCCAAAGGGUCAAUCGAGCUUCGAUAUGGGGGUUAUCUCUUGACAGUCAUGACAGCCCUUUUGAUCUGAUUGUAAUGCCCCCAGGAUACGAGAGCGAUGUUUCAAAAGAGCAGACGAGAAGAGGCAAGGCGGACCAAUUCGAUGAGCCAUUCAUGCUUAUUGACGAAGAGGACGAGGAAGAAGUUGUGGUACCUUAA